GUUAAUCCUUGUGGCAUAGCAACAUUUUACAGUGUGUCACGGGUGGAAGGAGAAAUAGUCACAUUUUUCUGGGAUCCAGUUUUUGAAUUAUCAUAAACAACAAUUCUCUCACAAGAUGCAGAUGAGCUGUGCUCUGCUCUUUACAGUCUGUAUCUUGGCAUCGCAUCUCUCAAAGACGCAUAGCAUGACCCUCGUGAAUCCUGAGAAAAAGGGAUGGACUCUAAACAGUGCUGGGUACCUAUUAGGACCUUAUGCUCACAGAAGUCUAAAUGAAAGACACAGAGUAGCGGUGGGCAAAAGAGAUAUAUGGAAUGACAUUUCCAGCUUACCAACAUACCACAAUUCAUACAAUGAAUCAUAUCUUCUUUCAUUACUGGCUCACCUUGCCCACCUGCAAUUAAAAGACACGAGAAUUACUGAAGAUUUCAGCAGCACUUCAAACAAUGUAAAAUAA